GGCAAAGAACAAAUCUCAUGUAUCUGGCAAUCACGUAUCUGACGUAAAUUUACAUCAACCUUAUUAACCUUGAAAUUUUGACAUUUAGUAAAAAGUGACAGUAGUAGUAAAAAAAUGUAUUAGUGUAUGGUCUUUCUAAGUUCUUGAUAUUAUUAUAAUAUCGAUAAUAGCUCGCGUUCUAAUAAAUCAUAAAGUGCUGCUCACACGCAUAAUGGUUCCUAAUGUGCUGAUGACAAAUGAGAAUUUAUUUAGAUUGCAAUGUUUAAUUAAAACCACGGAAAUACAGCACAGUGCGCAAUGUAAACUUAAAAGAAAAUUAUUUCUUGCACUGGCAACCAGCAGUGCCGACAUUAUCCUUUAUUUUAAAAGGGAACCCUCUUGUUUACCUGUCAUUAAGAGAAUACCUUGGUUUCAAGGGCCACAUAAACAAAUUGCUGCAUUUUGCUUUGAUUCAAGCGGCACUUGGUUGCUGUGUGUAACUUUAGAUGGUUCAUUAUAUAUACUUCCCACUUUAACUCUAGUUGGUGAAAAUUGUAUCAUUGACAAAAGAUGGAAAAUGAAUGAUGUGACAUAUAUUCCUUUCAUGAAUCUUCAGCUCUCUAAUUUUAGGCCAAUGGCUAUUACAUGGUGGAAAGCUAUAAAAAUAUCCAUUGAUAUUGGUAUUAUAGGAACUGAAUGUGGAGCAAUUAUAUUUAUAAAUCUUUCAAAUGGACAACAGAUGGGCAUAACACAUGUUAAUGGAAGUAUACAUAGUUUACAUAUUUGUCAGAGUGAAAAUAAUGAGAGUGCAUCGUUAUUAAUAACUAGUAAAUUUCGACAACAAUGGCGGUUGCCACUGAAUCAGCACACAUGCAAUGUUUUACAUAAUUUUGGAAGUAAAGAUCCUCAUGGCGAUGUAAACUUAAAUAGCUCUAUUUAUAAUAAUGCAGAAAGUACUGUUCUUAAUAAGUCUAAACUGCGAGAACUUAAACAGCUCUCUGUCGAAAAACUGACUUUUCUUAAACAAAAGUUAAUGGAAACUAAAAAUCAGACAUUGGGAGAAAGUUCACAAUGCCAUGAUGAUGCGAGUAACAGAGAAAAUGGAAUUUCUGUUAAUUCGGAAAUAUCAGAAUCCAAGUUGGGUUUUAUUAAUCCAGAACCCAUACCAAAAGAUACUUUCCUCUCCUCACAGUAUGACAGGGAAGGCCGACAAUUAUAUACGUGCCACCAUCCUGUUACUAAUCAUAUCACAGUGCAUGGUGCGAAUUUAACUGUACUGCCCUUAUCAGUACAUCAAAUAUUUGAAUCGUGUGAGACUGUUUUACUAGCGCACAGAUUCUUUUUUAUUACCAAUAUUAAUCAAGAUAUGAUACAUAUAGUAUCCGAUCAAUUGUCUGAGGCUCAUAUAAAUAAAGACUGCAAAUUUAACUCCGAGUCUAUUAUUGGGACUUUUUCUUUUAAGAAUAAUAAGGAAGUGAUACGAGCAGUGUACAAAGUAACAAAGUUCCAUAAUGCGACGUCGAGAAAGAUCUCUCAAGAAAUCGAGAAUAAAUGUAUCUUACCAAAGAACGUAAAGGAUAUCAGAGUCGAAGAACCUAGUUUGGAUUCAUGUAUAAUUGUUACAAAUCGCUGCGUGUACGAAGUUAUUCUAAGAAAAUCACUGUUAUCAAUUUUUAUGGAGCUGGUAUUGAAGAAAAAUGAGUUGCAGAAGGCAGGAAAAUUGGCAACAAUUUUCGGAUUAAAUGGAUCGCAUUUGUUGGAAUAUGCUGGUGAUAUAUUUCUGUCAAAUAAAGAAUUCUCACGUGCAGUAACGUCUUAUAAAAUGUCUAAGUCUAAAUUAUUGAAGAGUGUAUUAAAGUUUGCAUCGGUUGGCCAUACCUCUGAAUUAUUAAGUUGCCUAACUCAUUGUUUAUUAACACCUGUCAUUAUUGAAAUGCCUAUCGCAACGCGGAUACAUUUAUCCAAUUUGUGUAUACUUGCUUUUAUUGAGAUGACACUGAGAGUUUGGUCAGAGCAAUCUAAAGCAAUUUACAAGGAGUUCUUGUACUUCUUAUCCACAAAUACAUUUUAUGAUGAAUUGCUGGCAAUUAAUAUAGCUGGUCAAACUUACCUCUGGGAGGUAUCGCAUCACUUAGCUACGCAAAGAUGUCUGUACGGGCAAAUGUUGGAUAUCCUCAUGAAAGCGAUACAAAUGUUCGGCACAAGCGACUUUCAUUCAAAAUCAUAUGGUCUACUUAUAUGCUUGAGUGAAUCUGAUUUAAUGCAAGCAAUGUUGUUGAAUCAUGAUUUAGCAAGAUCUCAUAUGUUGUUUGUACGCAAUAAUCUGCGAGAUUUCCAAAUCUUUGUACUUCAGAGAUUGGUAACAUUGUACGAUCCAACAAAUCCAAUAUUACGACCGAAACUGAUACACUGUAAAGUACGCCAUAGAACGGCAUCAUACAAUUCACAAUCUAGUCAGUGUGAUUCUUCCGAUAUUACGGAUAACAUAGAUCAGGACACACUUGUGGAAGAGAUAAUAGAUAUGUUUUUAUUAAUUUUAUUGACUCUUAUUCAUAAAAAACGAUUACUGAAUCCCAACUGCAAACCUACUCUGUUAUAUGAUGUGCGAUUGCCGGAAGUAAGCAAGGAACACUCGGAAAUGACGUUACAUGUUGAUUUCAAAAAAAGGUUAUUAAACGCUGGAUUUUCUCAUGUCGCUCUUGUCAGAAACGGUAACGUCUAUACUUGGGGAAGUUCAGUGCAGGGUUGUUUAGGAACCGGCUCCAGCGUUUUGCGAUAUGGAGCGCCGCACGCUGUGUGUUUCUUCCGAAGCAUGGAGAUAGAGGUGUUCAGUGUGUCGUGUGGACAUUGCCAUACCCUAGCGGUCACCAACAACGGGAUAUACGCUUGGGGAGCCAGUCAAUUUGGACAGUUAGGUCUCGGCAAAGUGCUGCAGUGCUCGAGCCCAGAGUUGGUUACUUCUCUCGCGCAGGAGAUUAUCGUGGACGCGGUGGCCGGGCAGUAUCACUCCGUGGCGCUGACCGCGGAUGGUAGAGUAUUCACGUGGGGUUGGGGCGUUCACGGUCAAUUGGGCCACGGCAACACCGACGAGAAGGCCACGCCGACUCUGGUCACAGCUUUACUCGGUGUAAUUGUGUGUCACAUCAGCGCUGGAUACGCGCACACUUUGGCGCUGUCCGCGGACGGUGUCGUUUACGCCUUUGGAUGCAAUGUUCUCGGCCAAUUAGGAGUAGGCGGCAAUACCAAGAGUUCUAUCCCGAUGAGAGUAUCAUUGCCGGACAGAAUAACGCUUAUAAGUACCGCAUACUUUCACAAUUUAGCUGUCAGUAACACAAACAAACUAUAUACAUGGGGUGCAAGUCCUCAAGUUCUCAGAUUACAAGCGCAAGCACAAAAGAAGACUCGUAUAUUGGAGCAACAGGAUGAGAGAAAGAAUAAAACUUGGGAAGAGUCGGAGAAAAUCUCCAGUGGCACUGUAAAUUCAAACAAGGAAGCGAAAGAAUUUGUAGAGGAAGAAGAAGCUAAGUCUACACAAACAGAGACAAUCGCCUCCAAUAUAGAAAUGCAAAAGAAACCAUCUGAAAUGACAGAUUUGGAAAAUAUGAACAUUGAUUUGAACGAGGAGAAUCAAGCGCACUUAAAGCCAUCUGUGGUCGAUACAAGUUUGAUUAAAGGACAAAUUACUCAGAUAUCAGCUGGUUGUCAUCAUAAUGCGUUGAUAACGAAGGACGGUUCUUUGUAUACAUGGGGUCGUAAUCUGGACGGCCAAAUAGGUAACGGUACGCGACGGGAAGUGCCAAUUCCAACGCCUCUGUGUUAUAAUUCAGCCUGUAUUUUUGCACAAAUACCUCCUAGACACAGUGAUCUUAAAAGAACACAGAAUCAACGAGAUUCGGACAGCGAUGCUAAUGAUUCACCGGCAGACAACGGAAAUCUUAAUGCUCCGAGAUCGUCGCAUACAGAAAAUACCGGCCUUAACAAAGAGAGAAUUAAUCCUGUAAUUAACGCCAUUGGCAUUACUUGCGGAUACGAUUACACAGUUGCGAUUCAACCAGGAGGCACAGUAUUAGCUUGGGGCAACAAUAGCAGAGCGCAAUUAGGUCGCAUCCCUGCGAGAGAGACGCGCGAUGCCGAUGACAAGCUUGUGCUGUUGAAAUCGUCGAAGCGAUUGGUACGACUCCCAAACGCAUUACACAUAGCUCUGGAUGUGCCUAGUCAAGUGCCCGGUAUUUCCGCACCGAUAAUAUCUUAUCGGUCCAAUGACACGUUUUCCCUUUCUGGACUCAUCCGUCCUUUGAGCGUCAUUGAGAAAACACCCGGGGAACUAACACUUGAUUACGUUUUGGAGCAUUUCUACGGUUUAUAUCACUCCGCCGACGUUAUGGAAAAGUGUAUCGAAUUGGAAAAUUAUCAAGCUUGUUCUAAAAUAGCGGCGUUAGAAGAUAACAUUCUGAUGGCUUUCACUUAUCAGUUAAAGGUGUUACACAAAUUAAGUCUUCAGUCUUCAUCUGGAAAUUAUUCAAACACUACGUCGGAAACGACAGAAUCCGCGACUAAGAUCACUUCACGAAACGUGGAUACGAUGAGGAAUUCUGCGUUGUCUCAGAAUAUCAAGAAAAACACUGAACUAUUCAACAGACAAGCGGAGAAAAAUCUCAUGGAAUCUCUGGAAAACAGUGUCGCACGAAACUGGAUGAAAAUUCCUACAAGUAGAUCGUUGAAUAAUUUGCAAGCGCUCGCACAAGAAUUUUAUACUUUCGACUGUCAAGGUGGUUCGGAAGAAUUAUGUAAAUCUCGAAAAAACGAAAAAGCUCUUUCUUCGAAUAUUAAUGUGGAUUGCUCGGAUGUCGAAUAUAACGUAAACGAAGACGAACAACGAGAAUGGAUUGAAAAUCUGAUUUGCAACGAGAACGAUUCACUGCUACAGUAUAAGAAUAUAACUCAUAACUCCGUACAAAAUUUGACUCGAUCCACUUGCGCGAAAACCAUGUUAAAUGUCAAUGAUAGCCAGACGGAUCAGCGUGGCGCGUGUGCGGAAAAGAUUAUGUUUUCCGACAAAGUAUCUUUACGUUCUCAAAGGAAUUGCGUAAUUAACGAAUCCAUCAAGGCGCUCAAGUUUUACUUGAAUAAAAUCAGCAACGAAGCAGACACGUUGAAAUGUAAACUAUUGCAAAGCACAAUUGGUUUUUGGAUCGAGCACAAUUUACCGAUACAAAGCUUGGAAAAUGUUUUUCUCGAGCACAUACAUAUUAUUUACUACCCACUUGGAUUGUUACUAUUUUGUCAGAAUGCGAUAGAAAGAUACCUGGAUGCGAACAACUGCGACAAUAGAAGCAAUAAUUGGUGUGCAAGUGAUUUAUUUUCAAUCAAAUUCUCUCUUCAAGUGUUAUCAAUGUUAAUGCAGCAUAUAGAGAAAGAAGAUAUCAUGCCCGAAUACGUUAAAAUUUUCUCUUCUUUAAUGGCCGACAAUUACGGCGCACCUUUGAACGGAUAUCCAGGCGCGGGUAAAAACAAUAGCCCAGAACAAAUGAUGAAAGGAAUCAUCAAUACGGUGUUCUCUGAGAUGGAAAAUUCCAGAUUAUUUGCUCAUAUUAAGGACUCAAAUGCUGUGAAUCGUUUGCUUACGGCAGAAGAAGAUAAUAUGGUAUUUACCUGCGGACACCACUUCCCAAUUUCCAUCUAUAAAACGGAGAUUAUUCCAACGAUGGAGACUGAAUUGUUAAUAUCUCCGUCGUUAAUUCUACCGUGUACAUCACAAUAUUUAGGCAACAUGUUCUCGUGCACAUCUAACAUUGAAAUUCUGUGUCCAUUGUGUACGGUCGGGGCAUUAGGAGCAAUGAUAAAAAAAAGUUAUGAGUAAAAAUGUUCAUACGAGAUGUAAUCAAAAAGUUCAGGAACAAAGUUUUGACAUUAAUCUAGCAUUGCGUUAAUAAAUCUUGCCAAAAAUUGGGCGAAAGGGGAUUGAAAACAAUUGCAACAUUUAAUACAAUAAUGAAUAGUAAAAGUAUAAUCGGGUUCAAGAUUUCUAAGUAGUAUAUAAAGAAUUUAAAGAGGGCUGUGUGAAUGUCAAGGGAACAAUAUUUAUUGUCGUGAAAAGAAAAAUAUUUAAUAAUAAGCCAUAGUAAUAAUAAUAAGCCACCGAUAACGUAAAAAGAACAGUAACCAUGUAAAUUUGAAAAAAUCAUAUUUCUAGAUCAUAUUAGAUUUUGAAUAUCACUAUAAUUUGUGAUCUUAUUGUAAUUUAAU